AUGGCCAUAACUCCGGAACAUUUGCCUGUUCAGCUUUUUCUGCCGACGAGUGUGGACAUAAGAGUGCAUCGGCGCACAGAUUUUGGAUGGUGGCUGAAACAGCCGCCUCAAGUUUUUUUCGGGGGUAUGUUACUCCUAUUGUGGAUCUUACCCUUAGUGGUGGCUCAAAACCUAUAUGGACCAUCGCAACUCGACCAGUACGCCCGACUAUUCAAUUCCGGCAAUCUCGGCGGCUUCGGGUUAUUCCAAAAUGCCAUGGCUCAAGUAAUGCGGCAGCUAACUUCAACAGCUGCGACUCCUUCAACUCGUCCCACCGCUGUGCCAACGACUCCUCCAACAAACCCGGGCGGCAUCUACGCCAUAAACACGCUGGUGGAGCUGCCACCGAUUCCAGAAAAUCGGAUACACGGCACCUUCGAUGAGGACGGCGUUUUCCAUCCAAACAAUGAAGGCAAAGACGAAGACGAUGUGCAAAUCGUGCGAAAUCAGGAGGACGGUUCAUUCGAAGAUCCUCCAAAGAUUCGAUCAACUUCCAAUGCCGGAGCUCAUCGACUUGCGCAGCACAACGAAAAGAGUCGAAAGCCGCGCCAGAAUCCAGCCCUGCCUCGAAGACAGAUUAUACGUUCUCGACAGAUAAGACGACAACAACAAGAUUCAUCAGUGAAUGCAAAGCGUAAUCUGCGUCAAGCUGUUGUUCAACAACCGCGAUAUCCCCCAUUCGUAUUCAGGCCCAAGCCGCCUCCACCUGAGCGAGAGCAGGAGUACAACAAUCUGUUAGCGGAAAUUGAAGAAUACGAUGACUUUUUGGAACAGCAACGGGUCUAUCUAUCUCACUACCCCAAGGCCACUCUACAAAAUCCCUAUCGAGACCUGCCACCGGGCCAACUUCCCGCUGCUGGCUCUUAUUCAGCCGGAUCGUUCAAUGCGCCUACAAAUAUUCAACAGCCCAACAUCCCUGCACCAUCGCGAAACCCCAAUCAAGGUGUGGAGAACUUCAGGCCACCACCGCCACCACAAUCACCACAGCCACAAGCUCAACCACAACAGCAGCAGCCAUUCUGGCCGCAACCACCUCAGCCGCAGAACCUCUUCCCUCCACCGUUCUCACCACCGAGCGCUUCGACUGACAAUCCACUGCUCAAGAUAUUCAACUUCCUAUCAAUUCCACAUCAUCAUGCGCACGCGCUAGCUGCUCCGCAAGUGAGUUUGGAGGACGACCCGCCCACUACUAAAAAAACAACAACAGCGGCACCAACACCGCUUCCUCGGCCAAAUCCCUACCAACUUGGCAUGCUGCCGAUUCCACCAAGUUCCAUGCCAUUAGUCGACAUUCACCAGCAGCCGCUACAACCAUUGAGUUUCCCACAACUGGGCAGUCCACUGGUGUUGCAGCCGUUGUUCAGUCAUGGAAAAUGA